AUGAUCCCCAAAACAAACAAGAAUUUGGAGGUAAUUGCCAAGGCUCGAGGACUCCAAAACAUUUGCUCGGGAGAAGAAUACGAGCAAAUGAUAAGUGGCUGCUUAUAUACCCCCCUAGCACCAGAGCUCAUAGAGGGUCGAUCACGAGCAAGACAGCUCACUGGAGAGUUUACCGCAUUUCUUUACGGAGAUUUCACUUCAAGAAAGACCGCUCACCAGAGAGAACUCGAACUCGUCCUCAAAAAACUCUUCGGUUGCACAGGGCAAAGCAUCUACAUUGAACCUCCUCUCUUUGUCGACUAUGGAUGUAACAUCAGUAUAGGCGAGAACUUUUAUGCCAACUUCCACCUUACCAUUCUUGACUGUGGAUUGGUGGUGAUUGGGAACAAUGUGGAAAUCGGCCCGAAUGUCAGUAUCAUCACUGGAGAGCACCACACCAUGAUCGAAGAGAGAAGAGCUAAUCGAGGAUAUGAAUUUGCACGGGCCGUCUUUAUUGGAGAUGACUGCUGGAUCGGUGCUGGUGCUAUCAUUUUAGCCGGUGUGACGGUUGGCUCGGGCUGCACGAUCGGUGCCGGCUCGGUCGUGAAGGCAAAUAUUCCGCCUUUUAGUCUUGCGGUUGGAGUUCCUGCACAGGUGAUUCGUUCAAUCCAACAAGAUACAACUGUCAAGGACAUAGCUUGA